AUGUCGUCGCAGACGGGCCACCCAACAUCUCCUCCUCCUGUCCUUCCGUCUGCCAACACCUCUGGUGGCGGUGUCCGUCGCCACCACACCAUCUCUGCUUCCUCUCGUUCCGCAAGACCCACGUCGAAAAUUGCUAUCUCGGAGCUCGAGGACCCGCAGACCGAGCAAAUCUGGGCCGACGACGAGACGGUUGACCCCGACUGGGUAGGCGGCAUCGGAGCAGUGGGUGAGAAGUCGUCCCUCCAUAGGCAGGCGUCUCUCCCGACGAAGUAUCAUAGAGCAUUUGGGGGACAGCCCGGUCGCCAGCCUGGCUCGCACACCCCGAGGACUCUCAACAGCCUGUCCGCCAUCGCUGGGCACGAUGGCGAAGAAGAAGAAUGGGAGAGAGACAUGCGAGAUCUCCGAGAUGAGGAAGAGCACGGCCUUGCUGGUUCUGAUCAGGGUCAUCACGUCGCAGACUCAUCGUCCUCUGCGACGUCUCCACUUUCUCCCCACUUUGCCAGUGGGAUCGCUCACGGCCCGUCUCCGCCUCCGUCUGGGUCGGCCGGCAUUCGUAGGCAUCAGAGCUUGAACUAUCCCACUGCCGCGGCUAGUAUGCGGCACCUCAGCUCAGGCCUCAAACGUGCUGGCACGAUUCAGGCAGGUCCGGUCAAGGCCCAAGCCAAGGGUGGAGCAUAUUCAGGCGCCCAGAGCCCCAGUCCCACCAACGCCGAUGAAGAAUAUGAAAACGAUAGUACGCAUGCCGAGGAGGAUUCAUAUUUCGGUGUGCCUGUACAGCAGAGCCAAGGUCAGUAUCCAGGAAGCCCGAUGGGUCGAUCGUCGCCGUGGAGCACGCCGGGCAAUGACUGGCGCAGCCAGAUUGGAGGCGGCACUGCGAAUGCGCAGUUUGGUAACAAUGCGGGCAUUGACGAUGUCACGCGUGCUCUGUCCACGCUGGAGGUUAGCCAGCAAUAUGGCGGCUCGGGCUUCCAGCAAGGGCAGUCCGUGCACCCUCCGCGUUUCAACCCUUCACAUCCCCCGCCAUUCCAGGCUCCGGGUAUGCGAUCCGGAUCGGGUGGCAAUGGAGGGUCUGCGCGCAAGUUACAGCUCGUCACGGACCUGGAUGCUCGCUCUGCCCAGGGCUCGGUGCAGAGUGCGUCUGCGUACGUCCCACCUAUUGGGCACGGGCUGGCUCCGGCUGCACAGACCGGCCAAUCCCGUAGCGGCGAGCGCGACGAGCAGCAGCAGCAACAGCAACAGCAGACCACCGGGCGCGAGCGAGCGUUCACGGCCUCAGGCACGACGACGUGGGACCAGAAGGAACGCAUCCUUGGCGGGCGGGCAUCCAAUCCGAAUUUGCACAACCUCUACCAGGGCAAAAAUGGCAACAGUGGGGAUAUCCCGGGCGUACCCUCGAUCCCGGCGCAGUACCUGAAUCAAGCGCAGCCACCGAGGUUGGGUAUGACCUCACCCGGCGCGAUUGGCAACCAGACGCAUAGCAGGGCUCAGUCGUUGAGCAACUCGCAGGCGGGUUCGAUGGACAACUUCAUCGCGUCCCCGAUGGAUGUGCCGACAUUGAUUGCUACGAAGGGGUACAACCCCGUGGAGUUUGACACGAGGCCACUCUUUGCACGCUACUUUGUCAUCAAGUCGUACACGGAAGACGAUGUGCACAAGUCGCUCAAGUAUGAGAUCUGGAGUUCGACGGACCCGGGCAACAAGAGGCUUGACAAGGCGUUCAAGGAGACAGCCGGCAGGGGCCCGAUCUACCUGUUCUUCAGCGUCAAUGCGAGUGGGCACUUCUGUGGAAUGGCGGAGAUGUUGACGCCGGUGGACUACACUCGCAGCAGCACCGUGUGGGCAUCCGACAAGUGGAAGGGCGUGUUCAAGGUCAGGUGGAUCUACGUGCGCGAUAUUCCGAAUGCCAAUCUCAGGCACAUUCGACUGAACAACACGCAAGAACGCAAGCCUGUGACCAACUCCCGUGACACGCAGGAGCUUCUCCCGGAUGCUGGGCAGGAGAUGCUGCGUAUUUUCCACACGCAUCCGGCACGUACCUCGCUUUUGCAGGACUUUGCCUUCUAUGAGCUGCAAGCUAUGCAAAAGAUCCAGGCCGCUCAAGUUCAGGCUCAGGCCCAAGGCCUUUCCCAAGGCCCUGGCUCUCCGACGCAGUCCCCAAUGGGCAUGCAGUCGCCUGGGCAACUCUCGCCGAACAAUACGGGCCAGCACCCGUUCGCGAUGUCAAACCCCACCGCGCUCGCGUACGCUGCGCAGCACAUGGGAAUGCCGCAGAUGAACAUGAAUAUGAUGGGAAUGAAUCCGCUGAUGCAGAUGCAGAUGAACAUGAACAGCAUGGGCACGCCGUUUGCGAACCCCCAUACGAUGCAGAGCGUCAUGCGCCAUCCGAGUCCGGGACCGAUGCCGGUCGUGGGCGGCCAGAACUUCAUGGGCUUGGGCGGGAUGCCUGGGUUUUGA